AUGUCGGCCACGGCCGGGGCCGCGCGGUUCGUGUGCCAGCCGAGCGACCACAUGGCCUUCGCGUUCAAGACGACGCGGGCGCAGCCUCGGCCCGCGCAUGCGCAGCCCGAGAUGGAGACGCUUCUGAACGUACCGGAGGACGAGCUCGAGGAGCUUCUGGCGGUCGCCUUGAGCCGCGUAGACAACUUCUUGUGGCAGGACAGCGACGCCAACAAAGAACAGUCGUGGAUCUUGACGCGCGUGGAGGCGGAGUGCUCGGCGCGCUCGCGCGACAUCGAGGCCGUGUCGGCGCUCGUCGCGAUGGAGACGGGCGCCGGCCUCGAGGCCCUGUGUCGCGCGAUCGGCAACGUGCCUGGGAGGACGCUUCGGGCGACGAAGCAGGGGGCGGAGAAGCGCUCGUGGGUUGUGGAGGCGGCGCUGGAGAUGGGCGGGACCACGUGGGGCCCGAUCGACUGCACGCAGGCUUGCGGGAUCGCCACCGAGGCGGAAGACGCAGCCAGCAGGGUGACGCAGGCGGCGAAGAUUACGAUGGAGGCUGGCGUGGGUGAGAAAGGAAGCGACGUCAAGGUCGUCGUCGGCGGCCCGGUCGAGGUCGUCGACAAGGGGCGGACCUUCAACGUCAAGCUCGCAUGGCUCUGGUCCGAGUCGCACCCCAGCGUCAUGCUGCUGCUGCCUGUGCCUGGUGUCGCGGCGGACGGGCGACCUGAGGACGCGAGCGCCGUGCCGUUUCCGACGCGGGCCGCGCAGGAGCUCGUCCGGGGCCUGCGCCGCACCGGAGCGCUCGCGCAGCUCUGCGCGGGUGCUCUGGUGCCGCCGUGUCCCGGGGGAGUGGCGGCGCAGCUGGCGGGGCGGGACCAGGACUGGGACCCGGCGGGGCGGUUCCCGGCCGUGUCGCUCAACAUCAUUCAGAGCAACUUGUCUCCCAAGGGGACGUACGUGGCGUCCUUGACCCUGCGCGAAGGCAUGCGGUGGGACAUGGGGCGUGCGCAGGCGCCACGAGGCGGCUCCAUGCAGCCAGAGCACCUCGUCGCGCGAAUCGCGGACAGCAAGGCGUUCUGCCGCCUUUUGCCGCCGCGCGUCCCCUGGGCGUACUUCACGGGGAAGAUCGGCGCGCUUGUCGAGGGCUUGCGAGCCAACGGCGCGGACCCUCUUUUGGGUCGCGAGGAUUUCACCGACGGCAUCCAGUAUUGCAUGGACCUUCUCGGGGUGGGCACGCCGGAUGCGCUGGGUCUCGUCGACACGUGGAUCGACUCCCUGCUCGAAGAGACUGGAGGGCCCCCGCGGGGCAUGUCGGAUCGUGCUGCUCGUGGGGCGUCGGGGCCGAGCGCCGGCACCGCGCCGGCGUCGCAGGGCGACAACGGGCGGCGCUUUGAGUGCGUGCCGUCGCCCAAGGCGGAGCUGGCGUUCGAGACAGUGAGGGCGCAGCCGCGGCACCGGGACGCGCAGCCGAAGAUGGAGACGUUCCUGAACGCCCGCGCGGCCGACGUCGAGGCGAUGCUCACAACGGCGUUGCGUCGCGUCUUCAAGAUCAUGGGUCCGCCCGUCCCCAUCGCGUCAGUAUUGAGGGGGGACCGCGAGGGGGGGACUGGGUACGUCCUGACUCAGAUCCAGUCCGAGUGCUUCGCCUCGAGCCGCGACCUCAAAGCCACGUCGACCCUCGUGAUGUACGACGCCGUGCGCGACCUCGAAGCGUUCUGCCGCGCCAUCAGCGUCGAGGGCAGGACCCUGUGCCCAGCCCCCGGGCACAGCACGUUCGCCAACGUGCACGCGACGCUCACGUACAGCGGGCGGAAGCACGGGCCGCUCGACUGCACGAAGCUCAUGCAGGCCUACGGCACGGCGGCGUCCUUCAAAGCGCGGCAGGGCUACCAGGCCGUGAUAGGUCUGGGCAUGGGCCCCACACACACCGUCUUCAGGGAGGUUGUGUCCGAAGAGAACGGGCGCGGGGGGAAGGAGGACGUCGAGGUCCUCGGGGUCUUCGACGAGCGGCACCCGAACAAGAUCAUCGUCGGCAGGGCCGCGGAUUUCCCGGGGUUCGUCGUCAUGCCACUUCUGCGCAACGACGAUCGAAACUCCCCCUACUGGAUCGACGUCCUCGCGGGCGUCGUCGUGCGGGCGCUGCGCCGCCCCGGCGCCCUGCGUGCGGUGUGCGCGGGGGCGCUGCUGCCCCCUCUGAGCCGCGCCGCCGCGUGCGCGGAGGCGGCGGACCAGGCCUGGGAUUUCGACGCGCACGGACCGGCGGGCGUGGGUCCCGCGGGGUUCCCGGCCGUGUCCAUCAACAUUCUCAUGGGCGGCACGCAGAUGCUGUGGCUGGAGCUCCCGGACGGCAUGCGCUGGCGCGCGGGAUCACGGGACCCUAGCACCGGGCUCACGAAGAUGGCUGUGGAGGUCGUGAGCUUGGACAAGGUCGGGGACGAGUACGACCAGACCUUCGGAACGACGUGGAAGGCCGUCACGGACGCGCUGGCGCGUCUCGACAGGCCGGUGCCGGGGUAUGAGCAGCUCGACAGCUUGUGGGUGGGCAGCCCCGAACACCGCGAGGCGACGCAGAGCGUGCUGGACGGGCUCUGCACGUCGAAUGCGCUCUCCGCGAUCCCGCACGACCGCAGGAGGUAUCCUGGGGCGAUACCAGGCCCCAGGAUACCUCGUGCGGGCCCAUAA